AUGAACACAGAUGAGUGCCUCCCUGGGAGGCGGGAGGGGAGCGGGGUCGCGCUGAGGGCGUGCGGAGAGGUUGGAGCAGCUUUGCCCGUUGAUGUCUUAACAUAUGAGGAAAAAUCUCUGUCUGCCAUAUUAAGAGUUGUUAGCAGUGGCCUUGUCAAGCUGUGGAGCGCUCUAACACUGCUGGGCUUCUACCAGAACAGGAGGUGUGCCUUUCGAGUGCUGCAGACAUCUCCAUUUCUUCUCGCGUUAUCUGGCAACAGCAGAGAACUAGUCUUGGACUGAAUGCAGUUGUUGGUUUGGUUGUACGAAGCAGAAGUUUCUUGAGAUGUUGCAGUCCUUCAGGUGUGGAAUUUCUGGAGGGGAUUUCCGACAAAGAGCCUUGACAAAGCUACCAGUUACCAGCUCACUACUUGGAUGUCCUGUACCUCAGAGUUUACACAUAAAAGUUGGAGACAAAGCCGAACUUACCAAAGCUUUUACGCAGAAUGAUGUUGUUACUUUUUCUGAUUUAACAGGUGACACAAAUCCUUUGCAUUUAAAUGAAGAUUUUGCAAAGAAAUCUAGAUUUGGAAGAACUAUUGUACAUGGAGUUUUGAUCAAUGGACUUAUUUCUGCAGUUCUGGGUACUAAAAUGCCUGGUCAAGGUUGUGUGUUUCUUUCUCAGGAGAUCCGAUUUCCAGCUCCUUUGUAUGUCGGCGAAGAAGCCGUAGCUUCAGCAGAAGUUAAACGCCUGAUGGGUUCUAUUGCACACAUUGCAGUAUCGUGUAAAGUCAGAGAAAGUGGGAAGACUGUUAUGGAAGGGUCGGUGAAAGUCAUGGUGUCAGACAGCGAGAGCUGUUGAUCCUGCACUGCUUUACUAUAAAGGCCAGAAACAUACCCUUGGUUUUGACUCCGUCUUUUUACACAACUCACUUAAUCCAGUAAAUUUGCGACAAAAAAACCUUCAAAAUGUG